CCACCCAAUCUGAGCUCCCUGCCUCAGAGGUUUAAAGGGUACAAACACUUUUUCCUCUCAGUUAAACAAAAGCACCAUCUCAAACAGCUUCUUUGGAGAACACUGGGGAACUCAUCAGCUCAUUGGAAAGAAGAGGCUCCUGGUAGUGACAUGGCAUACCCUCAGGACAACACUCUGAGGAUUGUACUAGUGGGGAAAACUGGAAGUGGGAAGAGCGCAACGGCAAACACCAUCCUGGGGAGUAGAGUCUUUGAGUCUAGAGUUGCUCCCCAUGCUGUCCCCUCCAGCUGUCAAAGAGCAUCCCAGGAAUGGAAGGGGAGGAAACUUGUUGUUGUUUAUACCCCAGGGCUCUUUGACACCAAGGAGACCCUGGAUACCACAUGCAGGGAAAUCAGCCAGUGUGUCCUCUACUCCUGCCCUGGGCCCCAUGCCAUCGUGUUGGUCCUACAGCUGGGCCGCUACACAGAUGAAGAGCAGAACACCGUGGCAUUGAUCAAGGCUUUCUUUGGGAAGCCAGCCUUGAAGCACAUGAUCAUAUUGUUCACUCGCAAAGAUAACUUGGAGGAGAAGAGCCUGAGUGACUUCUUAGCAGAUGCAGAUGUGAAACUAAGAAACAUCAUCAGCGAGUGUGGGAACCACUACUGUGCCUUCAACAAUCAAGUGCAGGAGCUGGUGGAGCUGAUAGAGGAGAUGGUGCAGAGCAAUAGAGGGGCUUACUUUACUGAUGCCAUUUACAAGGACACAGAAAAGAGGCUGAAGCAACAGGCAAAAGUCCUGAGGAAGAUCUACACUGAUCAGUUAAAUAAUGAAAUUAAACUAGUAGAAAAGGAAUAUGCUCAUAAAUCACAGGAAGAACGGGAGGAAAAAAUAAAAUCUCUAAAGAGGAAGUAUGCUGAACAAACAAAAAAUAUCAGGGAAGAAGCUGAGAAGGGCAUAUUUGAACAUGUUUUAAAUGUGAUUAUGUGGGUGCUUCCAAAAAUAUGGUAUAUGUUUUGGUAGUAAAGUCCAUUUCAUUUUUUCUUCUGAAUUUAUGAUGAUUUCCGAUAGUGGUAGAUUGUAGUUUCCAUAGACAGCUGUGACAGUAGCUUCUACUUAUUCUUCCUAUAACCUGACCCUGUUACUCCUGCCACUG